UUCUGUCAAAUUCCAGCCUCCUUUAUAUAUGCGUAAAGUUAUGCAGGAUUUGAGGCCCCAGGAAUGUGAUUGGAUGUGAGGAUGAGGUAUUAUAGAUGAUGGGUUGGGUGGAGGGAUGGUGAUGGUGAUGGUGGGGGGACUGCAAGCACCUCCCCUAGAAAUGCAGCAAAUCUCUCCCGUUUUUUCUCUCUUGGUGUGGCACUGGGAGGGCUGGAGCUGGAGACGUGCUUUGCAUUGGCAGGCUGAUGAGGACACGUGUCUCCUCUCUGUCCCCCCACCCCCCCCCCUUCCCCCCACCAUGGGCUCCACGGUACCGCAUUGGCAUCAGUAAAGGCACCUGAAAAAAGAAGACAACCGACUACUGGAACCACAAACGCCGCCUGCCACCUUAUAAUCCAAAAGAAAACGACAUUAUUAUAGGCCCCUUUACAGAGAACCUGUGGCGCGCCUUUUCCUUCGUGCGUAAAGCUUUUACGCACACCAGAGACUGAACGGUGCGCUUCUUAUACGCGUCGAGCAUCAGACAGAGCGCGCACAGUGCAGUGCCAAGAUGCAGAACCGGAGCAGCGACGUCUGAAGGUGACAUGAACCUGGAGAUAAUCAAGAAGAGCAGCAGCAGACUGAACAUCAAGUGGAGAUAGCAAACUGAAAAACCGGUCGGUGUCUUAAAAACUUGCCUCCUUUUUCCUCUAAUGCAGAGAAUCAAGAGCUGUGAUCAUCCAAAGUAGCCUCAUUUUUACUGACUGACUGGAGGAGAAAAACACUAAUUGAGCUGCAGACAUUUGCAAAUUCAGGAGAGAAGGAGUGAGUGACUAAAAAAAUGGCGACGUUAAUCAGAAGCAAGCUUUCUAAUAAACUAUCCAAUGCAGCCACUGCUGUCUCCAACAAGUCCCAGGCGAAGGUGAGCGGCAUGUUCGCCAGGAUGGGCUUCCAGGCCGCCACAGACGAGGAGGGUCUGGGCUUCGCUGCCUGCGACGACCUGGACUACGACCACCGGCAAGGCAUGCAGAUGGACAUAAUGACCACCGAGCAGAUGGGAGGAGGUGAGGGCAGCGGUGGAGACGGAGACGGAGACGGAGGAGGACUGGACGGGGACAGCCACUACCAGAGGGACGGAACCGGUCCUCCUCGCUCGGCCUCUAAAGACGGAGAACCGGCGAAUGAGUUGACUGAAGUCAAACCAAAAAUCACCGCGUGGGAGGCGGGAUGGAACGUCACGAACGCGAUCCAGGGGAUGUUCGUCCUCGGCUUGCCCUACGCCAUCCUGCAUGGAGGAUACCUCGGACUCUUUCUCAUUAUUUUCGCCGCCGUGGUGUGCUGUUACACGGGCAAAAUCCUCAUCUCCUGCCUGUACGAGGAGGACGAAGACGGCCAGCUGGUCCGAGUGAGAGACUCCUACGUGGACAUUGCCAACGCCUGCUGCGCGCCCAGAUUCCCAGCUCUGGGUGGCCACAUCGUGAAUGUAGCUCAGAUCAUCGAGCUGGUGAUGACCUGCAUCCUGUACGUAGUGGUGAGCGGAAACCUCAUGUACAACAGCUUCCCCGACAUGCCCAUCUCCCAAAAAUCCUGGGCCAUCAUCGCCACCGCAGCUCUGCUCCCAUGCGCCUUCCUCAAGAACCUGAAAAUGGUCUCCAAGUUCAGCCUGCUGUGCACCAUGGCGCACUUCGUCAUCAACGUCCUCGUCAUCGCCUACUGCCUCUCCAGAGCCAGAGACUGGGCCUGGGAUAAAGUCAAGUUCUACAUCGACGUCAAGAAGUUCCCCAUCUCCAUUGGCAUCAUCGUGUUCAGCUACACCUCACAGAUCUUCCUGCCAUCUCUUGAAGGAAACAUGUCCAAACCGAGCGAGUUCACCUGCAUGAUGAACUGGACUCACAUCGCUGCCUGCAUCCUCAAAGGUCUCUUCGCACUGGUGGCCUACUUGACUUGGGCUGAUGCCACCAAGGAGGUCAUCACAGACAACCUGCCGUCAACCAUCAGAGCUGUAGUCAACCUGUUUCUCGUGGCCAAAGCUUUGCUGUCGUAUCCUCUGCCGUUUUUCGCUGCUGUCGAGGUGAUGGAGAAGUCUUUCUUCAACGAUGGAGGACGCGCCAUGUUCCCAGAUUGCUACGGAGGAGAUGGACGCUUAAAGUCGUGGGGACUUUCUCUCAGAUGCAUCCUGGUCGUGUUCACCUUGCUCAUGGCUAUUUAUGUGCCACAUUUUGCUCUCCUCAUGGGUCUCACUGGAAGCCUGACAGGAGCAGGUUUGUGCUUUCUGCUUCCCAGUCUCUUCCACCUCAGGCUGCUGUGGAGAAAGCUGCUAUGGCACCAGGUGUUCUUUGACGUGGCCAUAUUCGUAAUAGGAGGUAUAUGCAGCAUAUCUGGGUUUAUCCACUCCAUGGAAGGGCUCAUAGAGGCGUUCAAGUACAACAUACAAGAGUAAGAAGAAGCAUUGCUGGAUACUAUAGAUGUUAACUGCAAAAAACACCUUCAUUUUAGUGAAAAAAUUAACUUCCCCAGCAAAAAAUCAGCCCCCUCUGCUUUAAUUCAUGCGUAAAAUGCGCGCGCAGAACACACCACGCGCUCAUACAGUCUUUGCAUCAAUUCAGAAAAAAAAUGCGCGCACACACUGACAGAGAGAGAUAGAGCCAGUGGUAGUGAGGUAAUAACAGUGCAUCCACAAACACACACUAUAUGGACAAUAUACAUGUUGUAUAAAUAUGCGAGCAGACGUACAUAUUACAUAUUUUCCAGUGGAGUGAACAACGUUUACAAUAUUGACCUUAAAUAACAAAAAUUUGCAAAAAAGGGCAGUUUUGUCUUCUUCUCGUCGCUCUUGUGGUGCUUCCCCCCACAUGAGACCUUCACUCUUCAUGUAAACGCUAAGAGUUUGUGAUUGGAUGGACUUUUUCGACAGCAUAAUGUGAUUUAAGAUUUAUUUAAAGAAAAAAAAAAAGUAAAAUAAGCCACUUUCUUCUAUUAGGUAAUUUGCAAUAUGAUUAUGGGCUAGUGAAUGUGGUGUUAAAAUCAAGAUAAAAGCCUGUGGACCUACAAGAUGGAGAUAUAACACAAUGGCAAUAACCAGCAGUUGAUAAUAAUAAUGCAUAUAGAAAUAUUUAAAAGAAAAGUUUCGUUAGAAAUGAGGAAAUUGGACCUUCCCCGAGCAGUUCAAAAAUACUGGAAAUGCAAAAAUAUCAAAGUACACAGCAGCUAUACAAACUAUGCAUUGAAUGUAUGAUAUUUCAGACACACAAAACAUAAUGAAAAUGGGAAGUGGAAAUGACAAAUCUUUCAAAUUCCGAUUCUUCUGCGUGAAAACUGUCAACAAUUUUGAUUUGAUUUCUUUUUUUUUUCUCCAAUAUUUGAAUUAUUUUGUUGAGCUUUUAAAAUAACAAAAUUCACCUGACCCGAGAUACACAUAAACCCAAAUUUCAGCUUAUAGAUGGGGGACCCCAAAUUGAAAUGUUGCACACUCAAUUUACCAUAAUGCUUUUUUCAUUACAUUUGGAAAACACACGGCCUGUUCUGAAAUUAAUUUGAAAGAAUCCCGUCUCGAAAAUUCGGUGUCUGAAAAUAAAAAAAGAAGAAAAAGAGAUCAUUAAAGAGGAAAAUGUGCAUACAGACAUUUUUCAUUCUGUGCAAUCCAAUGGGUCCUGUUGAAAUGUUAUAAAAAACGUAUGUGUAGUGUGUUAUUGUGGUUUCAAAAAGAUGGAAUGUAUAUCUCAAAGUCGUUAUCAUAUAUCGUGAAAUUAAUAUUAAAGAAUAAAGAAAUAAGUGAAAUUAUAUUGUAAAAA